GGCGUUACGAUUUCCUCAUCAAUAAGAUCUGCGUUGAUCAACAGACCCAUUGCGUUAACUUGGAGUAAUUAAUUUUGAAACACCAGUAAACAUCAUCAAAAUGACUCUCUGCGAUUACGACUCUUCCUCUGACUCGGACAGGUCGACUGCAUCCUGCCUCUCCGAUGGAAAUAUUCGCUACCCAGUAUAUAAUGGUACAUCGGGCAGCCGCAAAUAUGCUACAUCUAGCAAAAAGAGAACUUGGUCUGAAACAGACGACGAAAGUGACCUCCCUGGUGUCCCGGACUACCAAGCCGGCGGUUCUUCUGCUCGCUUCUGCUACGAUUCGGAUGAGGCCGAGUUUGAGAACAGCCGGGACAUCAAGAGGAGACGGACCAGCAACAACAGAUCGGUAGUCCCGAUUGGUAGAGGUCUCAGAGAUUUGAUCAAGUGUCCUGCGCCGGCACCAAGGUCGACAACUGCCCUAAGGCCGAGUGUGCGUCAGCCAUCGGCAUCUAGGUUCAUUAACAGCUUGGAUGAAGAUCUCGAGUACCUCACCAUCCACGAUCUACCUUCCAUAAAUGAGAGCGAACUCAAAUAUGUACCCGCAGCUGUUCGUCCUCCUCAAAUUCGGCCAUCCGUCCAUGUCUAUCCGGCACCAAAGCCUACGACGGCGGUAACAGUGCGGUUGAGAAAGGCAGCUUCGCCUGCAGAACCAAAGGUGGUGGUUCCAAAGUGGCUUGGGGUUGCUAGUACAUGGUCUUUUCCCAGCUCGUAG